CACCCGGUCUGGGCCCAGAACCACCGCACCGUGAGUCUGGCCAAGAGGGUAAUCCUGGGGCCCUGGCUCUGUGCCCUGCUCCUCACCUUGCCAGUCAUCAUCCGCGUGACGACAGUGACGGAUGUGCGUGGGACUGGGAAAACAGCCUGCACUUUUGACUUCUCUCCCUGGACCAAAGACCCUGCAGAGAAGAUGAGAGUGUCCAUCACCAUGCUGACGGUCCGCGGGAUCAUCCGGUUCAUCAUCGGCUUCAGCAUGCCCAUGUCCAUCGUUGGCAUCUGCUACGGCCUCAUCGCCAAGAAAAUGCACAGACAAGGCCUGAUCAGAUCCAGCCGUCCUUUACGGGUCCUGUCUUUUGUCGUAGCUGCUUUUCUUCUCUGCUGGUGCCCGUAUCAGGUUGUGGCCCUCAUAGCCACCGUCAGAAUCCGUGACCUCUUGAGAGGUCUGGGCAGUGAUCUGAGAUUAGCCAUCAACGUGACCAGCUCGCUGGCCUUCCUCAACAGCUGCCUCAACCCGAUGCUCUACGUCUUCAUGGGCCAGGACUUCCGGGACAGGCUGAUCCACUCCCUGCCGGCCAGUCUGGAGAGGGCCCUGAGCGAGGACUCGGCCCAGCCCAGUGACACAGCCACCAACUCUUCCUCGCUCCCUGCAGAGGUUGAGUUACAGGCAAAGUGAGGGGGGCGGUUUGGGGUCACCUGGGAGCUCCAGUCCCAGGUUCCUCUCUCCUCAAGUGACACUGUCCCCCAGCUGUGGGCUGCCCAUCUCAUGCCCCUUGAUUUGGGGAGAGGGAAAAGACGUGAGGUUACUGCUGAUGUCUUUUUUUUGUUUUUCUUUUUUGCCUGCUUGGUCAGAGGUGAGAAGAGAAAUCAUGCAUCCUCAUUAACCCAAAAGGGUCCCAGUUGAUACCUAUUACCCUAACACCAUUAAUAAUGUCCACUUCAUUUCUCAAAAGUGUCCUGCUGUGGACAAUCAACUGUAGGGUCACCUUAGGAAAUGAAGGAGGAGAGAGAGGUAGGGCUUAAAUCAGACAAAAAAUUUACAAGGUGUUUUGUAAGAGGCCUCAGGCCAAAAAGUAAAUGCACCGUGGAGCUGUGGAGAUGUCAGCUGAAGCCCUUGAAGUCCGGGUAAGAUUGCCUAAUUCCUCCUGCGGUAAAGGCUGGGGAAACCCAUCGUCCUCCCCACAGGGCGGGCCUCGGGGCGCCAACUCUGGCUUCAGUGAAGGAUGAGUCCAGUUCACAGAGUAUCCGGUGCCUGUUACCCUUGCUCUGAGCUUGGCUCACCCAGAGUGGAACCCAGGAAGUUCCCUAAAUUCCUUUAAAAGCUGCUCGCAUGAGAUCCUCCAAUGGGGAACACGCUUUCGAGAAGUUUGGUAAUGUGGGAUCUGGGCCGGUCAGCCCCAGAGCAAGGUGAGAGUGUCCAGCUGAACUUCAGACACCCUCGGAGCCCAUCCUCCCUCCCAGCUCCUCCUUCAAGAUUUCUGCUUUUCUUUUCCUUUUUUUUUUUUUUAUUCCCAAUUCAGAGCUCUCUACUCCUCACACCCUGGUCUCUGCCUUCCUGUCCCCCCCCCCCAUCGUCCCAACCCAAGCCAAUUAUCAGUGACAGCAUCCUUUCUGAGAGGAUGAGGGAGUCGCUUAAACACCACGCACUGAGCAUCACAUUAUUCCAUGUUUAAAAAGAGAGAGAGAGAGAGAGAACACAAAAGGAAGAAAAUGGGAGAAGAAAGAGGGAUGCGGGAGAAGCCCAAGGCUGGGCAGCGAUGGCUGCUCUCAGGACUCAGCCCCUUCCCUGGACUCCCAGAAGAUCUUUCCUGAGCAAACCCAGGCGCCUUCCAAGCCUUCAUUUCAGCAUCCGGAGCCUUGAUACAAUCUACCCUUCUGACCCUCAGCCUCUGCAGGGCAUUGUCUGACUCCUUUAAUAAAUGGUUGUUGCAUCAAA